GUCCGUCCCACGUCCCCGGCGCUUUACUCCAACGCUGCUGACGCAACGCGCCGGCCGGAGAAAAAGCGGCCGCGGCGGGCGACCCGAGUCGGCCGAGGUGGAGUGCAGGCGCGCACCGGCGGCGGCGGCGGGGCAGAUCCUUGAAUUUGUGACCAGAUCUCAGCAUGUUGAGGCAAGUGUACUGCUCUGGGUUCCAGCCCUUCAGCCAACGUCUUCUGCCUUGGGUGCAAUCCACAGCUGUCUCCGGAUCCCGUCGUGUGCAGCCCUCAGCCAUCAGGCAUGUUCGUUCUUGGAGCAACAUUCCCUUUAUCACAGUACCUCUCAGCCGUACCCAUGGCAAGUCCUUUGCCCACCGCAGUGAGCUGAAGCAUGCCAAAAGAAUUGUGGUGAAACUUGGCAGUGCCGUAGUGACCCGAGGAGAUGAGUGUGGCCUGGCACUGGGGCGCCUGGCAUCUAUUGUUGAACAGGUUUCUGUGCUGCAAAAUCAGGGCCGAGAGAUGAUUCUUGUGACUAGUGGAGCUGUUGCCUUUGGCAAGCAGCGCUUGCGCCAUGAGAUCCUUCUGUCUCAGAGCGUGCGGCAGGCCCUUCACUCAGGACAGAACCAGCUGAAAGAGAUGGCAAUACCAGUCUUAGAGGCCCGAGCUUGUGCAGCAGCUGGACAGAGUGGGCUGAUGGCCUUGUAUGAGGCCAUGUUUACCCAGUACAGCAUCUGUGCUGCCCAGAUUUUGGUGACCAACUUGGACUUCCAUGAUGAGCAGAAGCGUCGGAACCUUAACGGUACACUCCAUGAGCUGCUCCGGAUGAACAUUGUUCCCAUUGUCAACACAAAUGACGCAGUUGUGCCCCCAGCCGAGCCCAACAGUGAUCUUCAGGGGGUAAAUGUUAUUAGUGUUAAAGAUAAUGAUAGCCUGGCUGCCCGUCUGGCUGUGGAAAUGAAAACUGACCUCUUGAUUGUCCUUUCAGAUGUAGAAGGCCUUUUUGACAGCCCCCCAGGGUCAGAUGAUGCAAAGCUCAUUGACAUAUUUUAUCCUGGAGAUCAGCAGUCUGUGACAUUUGGAACCAAAUCUAGAGUGGGAAUGGGUGGCAUGGAAGCCAAGGUGAAAGCAGCCCUCUGGGCUUUGCAAGGUGGUACUUCUGUUGUUAUAGCCAACGGAACCCACCCAAAGGUGUCUGGGCAUGUCAUCACAGAUAUUGUGGAAGGAAAGAAAGUUGGCACCUUCUUUUCAGAAGUAAAGCCUGCUGGCCCAACCGUUGAGCAGCAGGGAGAAAUGGCCCGGUCUGGAGGAAGGAUGUUGGCCACACUGGAGCCUGAACAGAGAGCUGAAAUUAUCCAUCACCUGGCUGAUCUGCUGACAGACCAGCGGGAUGAGAUCCUGUUAGCCAACAAAAAAGACUUGGAGGAGGCAGAGGGGAGACUUGCAGCACCGCUCCUGAAGCGUUUGAGCCUCUCCACAUCUAAACUGAACAGCCUGGCCAUUGGGCUCCGGCAGAUCGCAACCUCCUCGCAGGAUAGCGUGGGACGUGUUCUGCGCCGGACCCGGGUUGCCAAAAACCUGGAAUUAGAACAAGUGACUGUCCCAAUUGGUGUUCUUCUGGUCAUCUUUGAAUCACGCCCUGACUGUCUACCCCAGGUGGCAGCCUUGGCUAUUGCAAGUGGUAAUGGCUUGUUGCUCAAAGGAGGAAAGGAGGCUGCACACAGCAACAGGAUUCUUCACCUCCUGACGCAGGAGGCCCUGUCCAUCCAUGGAGUCAAGGAGGCUGUACAGCUGGUGAAUACGAGAGAGGAAGUUGAAGAUCUGUGCCGCCUUGACAAAAUAAUAGAUCUGAUCAUUCCUCGAGGCUCUUCCCAGCUGGUCAGAGACAUCCAGAAAGCUGCCAAGGGGAUCCCAGUGAUGGGGCACAGCGAGGGGAUCUGCCACAUGUAUGUGGAUUCAGAGGCCAGUGUGGACAAGGUCACCAGACUUGUCAGAGACUCUAAAUGUGAAUAUCCAGCUGCCUGUAAUGCCUUGGAGACUUUGUUAAUCCAUCGGGAUCUGCUGAGGUCACCAUUAUUUGACCAGAUCAUUGACAUGCUGAGAGUGGAACAGGUGAAAAUUCAUGCAGGCCCCAAAUUUGCCUCCUAUCUGACCUUCAGCCCUUCAGAAGUGAAGUCACUCCGAACAGAGUACGGGGACCUGGAAUUGUGCAUUGAAGUGGUGGACAGCGUCCAGGAUGCCAUUGACCACAUCCAUAAGUAUGGCAGCUCCCACACAGACGUCAUCAUCACAGAGAACGAGAAAACAGCAGAGUUCUUCCUCCAGCAUGUAGACAGCGCCUGCGUCUUCUGGAAUGCUAGCACUCGCUUCUCUGAUGGGUACCGGUUUGGACUGGGAGCAGAAGUGGGAAUCAGCACAUCACGAAUCCAUGCCCGGGGACCUGUAGGACUUGAGGGACUGCUCACGACUAAGUGGCUGCUUCGAGGGCAAGACCACGUUGUCUCCGACUUCUCAGAACAUGGCAGUUUAAAGUACCUUCAUGAGAGCCUCCCUGUUCUCCAGAGAAAUUCCAACUGAGAGGAAGCAGCAAGGCAGGACUUUCUAAGUGGUCUGCACUACAGCCUGGUCAAGAAUCUCCGAGGAGAAACCCGAUCUUGUCCCCCACCUCACGGAAGGGUCUGCCUUUUGGAAAGGGCAAUAAGGUGCUUCUGGCCUAAUUCAGCUCUUCAGUCUUGGCUGAUGUUCAUGUUCCAUCCCAUUCUUUUUUUUUUUAUGCGGUGGUGGGUAUUAAACCUAGGACCCCACGCAUGCUAGGCAAGUAUUUUGCCGCUGGGCUGCUUCCCUAGCCCUGUAUUUCUGUCUUUCACUAAGAAAAUGAUUGUUGCAGAGGAGACUUCACCAUGCCAUCUCACUCCCUCUAGUAGUAGAAUCUAAGGACCGUUUCCACAGAAAAGGCAAGGGAAAACUUGGAAGUGAUUGGGACUAUCCCCAGUGAGUACCCACAUUUCAUUUCACUUCUACACAUGGUCACCUUCUAAGGGGGAGAUUUGGAAUUCCCAAGAAGGGUCAGCACUCCUUAGCAUUCUCAUCAGAAUCCAUGGCCAACAUGGACUGAGUUGUGCAGAAGGAAGAUUGGCCUUUGUGCUUGUGAAGUCAUAGAAAUGUGUCCCAGACACCUGCUGCCUGUCUCAGGCCAGGAAACGGUACCUUUGAUGCAGCUGGAAUCUGAGCCACUGACCAGAGGUGCGAGUUUCAGCAUGUUCCUUCCAAGUGGGAGGAAUAGCUACAGCAAUUAUGCUUGAAAUUUUUAUAUGAAUUAUUUUGUCAUCCUAUCCUUGUUCUCCAGAACAGAGAUUAGAGGAUUAUUUUAAUACUUUGGAUUCUUCCCCCCUUUUGGAGAAAUAAAGUUCUUAUGAAAGGCC